AUGAGCCGCUCCAGCAACGUUAGACGGGAAGCACGUGAGUCUCUGCGUUCCUUGUGCGUCUCGUCACGAUCUCGACGCCGCGAGGAAGCGCACCUGAGCAAGAUGGGCUGACUCGUCGCAAUGUCCUCCGUCUCAUUCCGGAAAAAUGAUGCGUCGAGCAGCCUCGCAAUCAUUCGGCACGGAUGUGGUGCACCUGCAGUACGAUGUGGAUGCUCCUCCCCCCUUGGCGAGCCCAUCCCACGCCCGCUUCGUCAUUCUAUCAGAUACUCACAGCACUGAGCCAGAGGUUCCAGACGGAGUCAGUACCGUAGCGAUUACAGCCGUUGAUUUGAAGAUCGAGUUUCUGACGCACCUCCACCUCCCACAACCUGCAGGACGUGCUCAUGCACUGCGGCGAUUUGACAGACAUAGGCACGCAGCACUCCUUUGAGCGCUUUCUGGAUUGGUUCAGGUGGGUGGAACGCAGACUUGAGCGGGCGCGAUUGCAAGCGAGCUUGAGACAGUGAGCGCUAGCUGACGCCAGCACAUCGCAUACAUGUGCUCGUGCCUCAGGUCGCACCCACACCAAACAAAGAUAGCCAUCGCUGGCAAUCACGAUUUCGCCGCCGAUAACAAGACGGGCUGGUGAGUGGGCAAGACGCACCAAGAUUGUAAAGGAUAUGGCGAGCGCUACUUGGUCCCCCAAGCACUUGACUUACGCUCGAGAAUCCUUGCCGACACUUCCAAAAGGUACGAUCGGAAAGGCAGGUCGAUACACAGGCAGUUCAACGAGCCUCAAGCAGACACCGCGCGCGUCUCCGAGCUGCUGCGCGAGAAGAGAUCGGAUGGCUUUGUGUACUUGGAAGAUGAGAGGUAUAGCUUUUCGAUUGCGAGAGAGGGUAUACGAGAUAGAGUGUGGAACGUCUAUGGAAGUCCGGUGAGCAGCAAGCGUGGUGAGCCCUAGCGCCAGGUAUGGAGAGCACAGAUUGAGUUGAGCCCUCGCGCCGUCCCUACCGUCUUCUGGAGCAGUGGACACCCAAAUUUGGAGGCUGGGCUUGGAAUCACGAGCGAGGAGCGGAGGUGAGUUGCGUGUCGGGUCGUGAACAACCUUGACAUGAGGCAGGAUCAGCGAGGGGCUGAAAUAUCUCGGCCCCCUUCAUGCGGAUUGAUGGCAGGCAAAAAGUGAGCUCUCGGGGCGGCUAUGAUGCUCCAGCUGGGAUAGGUGUACAGUGAGACUGACUACUCUCACGCACUCUCUGGCCGCCAACAGAGCUUUAUGCGAAUGUACCAACAGACGUCGACUUGCUCUUGACGCAUGGGCCGCCCCAUGGUUUUGGUGACCUUGAUGUCAUCAGGUAUGGACGGUCACACGUGGGAUGCGAAGAGCUCACGCGGAAGUUGACUGCUGGCGAGCUAAGUCCCAGGAUCCAUGCUUUUGGGCACAUUCACGGUGAGCAAUUGGCUCCAUCACAGCCAUCCCCAUCGUAGGGUGUCUCGAGCUUACGUGACGGUUGCGUGGCGCAGAGGCGCGAGGUAUGUUCCGUCAACAGUGGCCUAGGGAGAAUCAUCGACCCCAUCACGAUAGACAUGCACCAAAUACUCUGUUCAUCAAUGCCGCCUUGGCUGAUAUGGACGCUGCGCGAUCCCAAGCGCAUCAGACGUGUGAGUGACGCGACUCGAUUGCACUCGAUGUAGCGCCUUGCUGACCCUCUGCCGCUUCUGAACGACCACUCGUGUAGUCAAGUAUCGAGUCCAGCAUCAGUAGGUCGUCCCAUCGUUGCUAACUUUCUACGACGCAAUCUCAUCGCUGUGUCUCCAAUCCCGAUUGCAGGCCCAUCAUCGUCGACUUGGAUUGCAGACUCUAG